GACGUCCAUUCUAUACAUUAGUCGUUUUCUGAUCAAGAAGAAAACAUCAACGCGAGAUGAAGUACUUAGUCCCAUUUAUCCUAGCCGCCGUUCUGGUCGCAGCUGAGGGCAAGGUUUUACCAGCUAGCGAUGUCGAAAAUCAGCACACCAAUACUCAAGAAGCGUCCACAAAUAAUCCGUUCCAGACAGUUCAAGAUAUCUUCAGUAAUUUGGGCAAUCAAAUUGAGCAGCAUCUACCUAACCAGGACGAAUUUCUUAAGACACUUAAAGAGUAUAGUACUGGUUUAGUUAAUAAUAUCAAUGAAUACAUCAAGAACGCGACCGAAGAGGUAAAGACCAAAAGUCCGGAGUUGGAAAGUGUCUGGACGAAUUUUAAGACCAAAUUGUCUGAAGCUACCGACAAACUAAACAUUGAUGCCGAGACUACGGAGCAGCUUAAUAAUUUAAAUAACAAGUUCCAAGAGGGUGUUCGAACUAUUUUAACAGAGUCUGAGAAUACUGCUAAGGCUAUCAACGAGAACUCUGCAAAAGUGCAAGAGGGUAUCUCCAAGUUGACUAAGCAAGCGAUAGACAUCGCCGUGCAGGCUUCUCAGAACUUGAGCAAUCAUUUGCAGCCAACAACACCGCAUCCAUAAAAUAAAAUAGAUGAUACAGUGUGAAUUACUCGUGUGCUAACAUUUUAAAUAAAUAUAUGCGGAAAAA